CCGGUGAGGGGAUGGAGAGCGGUGAGCCGGGCGGCGGCGGCGGGGGGCUCCUGCAGCAGAUCCUCAGCCUCCGCCUGGUGCCUCGCGUGGGAAAUGGCACCACCACCUACUCCAGCCCGCUCUCCACUUUCCCAGAGAUGUGGUACGGCGUCUUCCUGUGGGCCCUCGUCUCCUCCCUCUCCUUCCACGUCCCGGCAGCUUUGCUAGCGCUCUUCACGCUCAGGCAUCACAAGUACGGCAGGUUCAUGUCCGUGAGCCUCCUGCUGAUGGGCAUCGUGGGACCCAUUACCGCCGGCAUCCUAACAAGUGCUGCCAUUGCUGGAGUUUACAGAGCUGCGGGGAAAAAAAUGAUUCCCUUUGAAGCCCUCAUUUUUGGAGUGGGCCAGACAUUCUGCGUGGUGGUGGUUUCGUUUCUACGGAUUUUAGCCACUCUCUAGCUCUUCUUCAGAUGCUAGAGAUCACAAAUCGAAGGAAGAGCAAAGGAGCUGCUGCCUGCGCCGUCUCUGAAACAAACCAUGAGGGAGCACAACUCGAGGCGUGCCUCGGUGUGUGCUUUCUCCACUGGUUAAAGGAUACGUGAGGGCCUGCUCCUGCCUCCAGCAUGGCAGGAAAUUAAGCUAAAAAUCGUGAAUUUUGUUACUUUUUGGUAACAUUAAGUGCCAAGUGAAACUUUAGUUCUCUGGAGGAUAGGAAAAGGGCUUCCAGAGGAGGAGGCCCACAUACCUUUUACCAGUGAUGAAUUCUUGCAACAGGACGUAACUAAGAUGUGACACUGGCUGUUCUGGGGUAGAAACAGUACUAUAGAGUGAUGUGAUGUCUUCGGAGCUCACUUAAUGCUUUGACUUCUUGCUGCUUUGUUUGCAGGGAACCUGAAGCUCUUUUAAUGUGAUUUUUUUAAAUGAGAAACUUAAUUUGUUUUCUUCCUAGUCCCAACUUCCUAAUACCAUGUCUUGGUCACAGUGAAUUUGGGAGCAGCAAAAGGAAAAAUAAUUUUAGACAGAUGACAGUGAAAAUUUGCGACCAAGAGCUGUGACUAUGAAUGCUGCAGCAGGGGAAAUAACCGGCAUAAAAAGGAUCUCUAUUUUUGUGAAUUUUAUUAUGGUAAAGCUCUUCUGGCACUGUGUACCUUCUGCCUGAGAGGCAAAGCACAGCUGAACGGGCGCUACGUCCUGCUGCCCAUGCUAGAAAUCCCAGGGCACGUGUGUGAGUGUGUGCUGUUGCUUCUCAGGCUCUGAAGGAGACUCGUAUUUUUAAACUUCUCCUUUUACUUGCUGGUCAUGUUUACAUUGGCGUGGCGAAAUUGGGUUUCUUCACUGAUAUGUAAACAUCGCUGGCCAGCUUAUAUAAAUUUCAGCAUGCUGCUGCUUCAGUGACUGCGCUGGUGAGAACCGCACAGCUGGCACUGGGUUGUCGUGACUUGGGGCUUGCUGGGUGCAGAGGUGGGGAGCGCGCCGUGUUUUCGGCAUCCAGCCCGCAGUGUGCCGGUGGGUGGGAUGCCUGUGAGGUCCUGGGAGGAGUCUGGGUGAUGCCCAUCUCCAUCAGGGACAAGCUGUGUGAACACAACCCCGAACCAACCCUUACCGGCAGGCAGUAUGGUCUUUCCUAAUGAAUUGUUUUAGUUUGUUUUAAGUGACUUUUAACUAACUCAUACCUGCCCUUUUGCCUGGAGGCAUGCCACACGGCCGGGGCUCUCGGGUAUUUAGCUGGGCGCUUUCUGGGGGGCUUGGUCUUUUGGGGCUCUUGGGGAAGCUGAGGUUGAAUCCCAAGGAUGUGGCUGGGCAGUGUAGCCAGCCCUGUGGCUUUGCUGAGGUCCUUGUUUGUUUAUUACCAGCUGACAUUUGUGUGGGCUGCCAAGGGAAGGCCCUGCCUAUGUCCAGCCUCCCAGGACACACGUCCCAUCUGUGUUUUUGCUGAACUCAUUUGGUUUCCAAACCAGCUCGCCUUUUGUACCUGCAACGUUUUGUAAGGCCAGUUAGCCACCAUGAACCCCGUGUCCUCUGUGCUGAAACAACCCUCAACAGGGCACUGAGUUGAUCAUGAAAGUGAAUUUCUCUCUAUGUACUAACUACUCCAGAGUGGUCUGUUGACAGCUGAUGGUGAGAGGUGUUUUACAGGAGCUACUUACAGAGAUUACUCUAAAUUUUAGCCCAUGUUAAUUCGGGAAAUAAAGCAUUUUAGGAAGGACUUUAAUGUGAAUCUUUCUCCUUAGGUGGGUGAGGUCCAAGCGGUGUAACAUGUACUAAACCCUGGAUCUUCGGAGUGCCCCGUGUGCUGUGCUGCUUAUAGAGAGCCAGUGUUCUACUGCGGCAUUCCCCAGGGGAAGGUUGGGCUGCUCCUUCCCUCUUUGCUUCUGCCCCCAGUGAAAAAGCAGGAAUAAUGAUCUCUCUAGAUGUCUUUCCCGCUUCCCACUUCUUAUUUCAAAUGGCUGCAUACACAGCGUGUGUCAGGAGUGCCUGGUUUAAUUCAUGUGAAUUAUCCUGCAUUUUCCUGGAUGGAUUAAAAGUCUCUCAUGGGACUUUUAGACUGGGAAGGUCUGGCCUUACCUUUCAGGUGACGCUAGAAACCAGUGUCCUGGACCCUGCUGUGCUCCCCUUUCCCCCUGCCCCAGUUACCCCUCAGUAGCAAAGACUAAGCUGAUUGCAACUGGGAAAGCACUUUAUCAGUGUGCCACGUGCUAUGGCACGAGGAUGACUCCUCUGCAGUAAUGGGGCUGGGGCAUGCAGGACACAAAUCCGGGCUGUUAAGAGCUCAGAACAAAUGAAAAAACAUUGCUCAAUAAAAUCACUUGGUGCUGGACGAACUGAAAACAUCCUGUUUUCUACCCAUUGUGAUCUCCCAAAGUCUGUUUUGAGGCGGGGGGUCUGCUUCACUUGAAGAGUUGGCAGCUUGGCCACUGUUUGGAAGUCGAGUCAUUGAAGCCGGUGGUGCUUCUGUGCCCAGGUGCUGUAAAAUUUUCAGGGAGUUCUUGCAUAAAAGGUGAACAAUCAGCUGCUGACUUGUCUUGACAGGUAUUAGCGCUGGGGACAAGUUCUUUGUGUCGCCUUGGUACUCGCAGAGCAUCCUCCGCUCCCCUGGCUGCCUUCCUGACCUCCCUCUCCGGUAAAACCGGAUCCAAAUGGGAAGGAGGAGUAGUCUUGAGUUGAUGCACCAGAUCGGUCACUGCCAGAAGUUUCCUCCCCUCGCACUGCAUCGGUUUGGUCUUCCCUUUGUGUUCCUUAUCCUGAGUGAGGCGAGCAGAGGAAUCCUUUCAGUUUUCAGUGAGCGUCGGUAGACUUUGCUCAGCCAAACUUGCCAAAAGCUGCAAAGAGCUUGCAAAAAUGUAAAUGCUGAGGUGUCCCAGGCUGGGCAGUGUUGUGAACCCCUGGCUGGGGAGGCCAGCCAGGAGUGUCAGUCAAGGAAACACCUUGCAGAGAAGCCGCCUGCCCUGGAGAAAUGUCCCUGCUUGAGCUGAGACUCGUGGCACUGCUUUCUGUGUGCGAACUUCCUCUGUGCUGGGCUGAUUUAGAUACCGCCCAACUUCCUAUCUAUCUCGCUAGCGACCGUGGCUGUCGUGAACAAAUCUUUGUAUGAUAGAAAACUCUGUAAAUUUUAUUUUU